CAGCCUCCGGAGCGCAGCGCAGGGCGGGGCGGGGCGACGCCGCGCAGCAGCAGCUUCAUCCCCGCUGACCGACACCGACCUCCUGUUAGUCUCCAGGCCGCGGCAUGGACCCCGGAGCCCGGCCCGCUUCGCCUCGGUAGGUCCGGUUCGGCUGAGGAUGCGCAGUUAGAGGUGCGCAGCAGAAAUCUCCCGCAGAGCGAAUCAGUGCAGAGCGCAGGAGCGUCGGCCGCUGCGGCAGAACCAGCGCCAUUGUUUGGAUGCGCAGCAGACGGAGGGGCUCCAGGCCGGGGUGAGAGGCGCUCAGAGCCCGGCAGCCAGCAUGCUGCCCCCGCCGCUCCUCGCGGUCCUGCUGCUCGGCUCGGUCCAGACGCUGUCAGCGUUCCAGGUGUCCACAAACCAAGAAGGUUUGAUCGUGGCAACGCUUGAGCAUGCCGACCUUCAGGAGAACGCCACGGCCUACGCAGUGCAGAUCUCUGGAGAACCUCGGCUGGUCUUGGUUCCGUUCAUCAACACCAGUGAGCCUUUGCUGUUCAACGCUUCGUUCCACGGCCUCUGCUACACGGCGGGACUGCUGGUCAAACUGGGACAGAGCUGGUCCAGACCCACGAAGAGCGUCCCUGUCCUCACGAAACCGCUUCCUGUCCGCGCCGCUUACAUAUCGGACUACAAGGAGGCUCCAGAGACGGGCGUGGUGUUCGACAUCGACCCGCCCAUCAGAACCGUCUUCAGCCGGGUCAACAUCAGCUACACUGAGGGACAGGAGCGCCGCUACAUGCUCUAUAAAGAUUUCUACAAAGGAAAGACGGUGUUUAAGCACUGGUUACCAGGAAUGUGCUACCGUAACAUCACCUUCCAGCUCAUCUCUGAGGCCACCGUGUUCCAGACGUCUCUGAUCGCCCACAGCGACAUCACCCACACGCCGCUGCACCACCGCACAGUGCCCCACGCUCCUCUCAACAUCUCCUAUAAGAUCAUGGCCCUGAGCCAGAGGGCUGCAGGCCAGCUGCCCGACCUGCAGGACGGCCGGCGGUCCUCCCGCCCGGCCCGGGACGUCCCGCUGAUGGAGGAGCAGCAGGAGCCGGAGACGCAGCCUGAGGAGGAGACGGCCUCAGACGAGGAGGGAACCUUAGCCCUGACGCCUCAGGUUUCCCUCAACACCACUCAGAACCGGACAGAGAGCAGGAACCUGACCGAGGAGGCGGAGCCUCAGAGCUUCUGGCUGGAGCCCACAGAGAUGUCUCCGGCUGACGGGGAUGAGGAGUUUGUUAACGCCGUGGUGUCGGAGUACGAGGACUCCAACGAGCCGGGGUCCGCCAUGGCCGUCCCCGCUGAGGUCCCGGUUCUGCCCACCAGGCUGCCCCCCAUCCUCCUGGAGCUGCGCUGGCUGCCUCCCAGACCCCCCACCUCCUACGACGGCUUCAACGUCUACAUCUACAGAGACGGUAACUCCACAGAGACGGCGACCGUGGACGAGAACACGCACGAGUUCUUCACGGAGCUGACGGAACCGGGUACCUACCAGGUCCAGGUCACCACGCUGAGUUCAUCCGGAGACUGUGAGGCCCGAGAGAGCAGCGCCGACACCGGCUUCACCUUCUACCUCAGUCCCAGUGGCGAGCUGCUGGAGGAGCUGCGGGAGCGUCCUCAGGGCGUCAGCGUCAGACUGCUGGACUCCAGCACCGCCGCCGUCUCCUGGGCUCCGUCCUCUCAGAACCACAACGGCAGCCUGGUGUCGGUGGUCUCCACCACCUGCCUGAAGCCCAGCCUCAGCCAGAGGAUGGAGAACGCGUACUGCAGCGAGGAAAACUCCACCAGUGACAUCAUCAGCAACCUGACACCUGGCGCCCAGUACAGAGUGGUCGUCUAUCACACCAACGGUCCUCUGAUCAGCCCUCCAUCGGAGCCCGUCAUCAUCGACAUCGAGCCCACAGGCGUACGCGAGCUCAGCGUCUACCCUCUGAGUCCGACGGCGGUGAUCCUCAGCUGGCAGCGGCCGUACCAUGUGGCCUUCAGGAAGUACAUCCUGCAGACCUUCUUCUUCAACCCCGUCACGCUGGCAUCCGAGUGGACCACCUACUACGAGAUCGCCGCCACCGCCUCCGUCAUCGCCACCGUGAGAGUCACCGACCUGCUGCCCGCCUGGUAUUACAACUUCAGGGUGUCCAUGGUCACCUGGGGGGAGCCCCCGCUCACCUGCUGCGACAGCUCCACCGUCAACUUUGUGACAGCUCCUGAAGCUCCUCACAUCUCCUCGGUGGAUUACUCUCAGGGGGUUCUGUUCGUCCGCUGGACGUACGGCGAGCUCUUCAUCGACUUGUCUCACUCCAGGAUGCUGCACUGGCAGGUGGUGGCUGUGGGCAAGAAGGGACCUGAGAAGAGCUACUCGGUUGAUGUGACCCGGAACGCCAUGCGGGCCAGCCUCCCGCUGCCUCCUGGAGACAUCUACAACCUGACGGUGACGGCGUGCACGGAGCGGAGCAGGAACACGUCUGUUCCCAACAUCAUCAAGCUGGAACCGGCUCCGCCCCGCUCGCUGUUCGCCGUCAACGCCACACAUUCCUCGGUGACUCUGCUGUGGACCGAGGAGGGAGUGGUGGACUACUGCCAGGUCCUCUGCAGACCCAACACAGCCGGCAAGGAGCUGAAGGCCGCUGAGCCCAUCACCUCCACCUCUCACGUCCUGACGGUGUCUGGUCUGAUGCCAUCGUCCAGCUACAACUGCACCGUCACCAGCUUCAGCUACAGCACGCCCAGCCGCCCCGCACGCAUCACCAUCAGAACCGCAGCCAAAGAGAUGAACCCGAGCGUGGCGGCCAUCUCGGCUCUGGCCGUCCUCAGCAUCCUGCUCCUCAGCCUGCUGGUCCUCUUCCUGCUGGUCCUCAGGAAGAAGCAGCUGCAGAUGAACAGAGACUCCGGCGCCGAGACCUUCGUUAACUUCGCUUCGUUUGAGCGGGAUGGGAAGCUUCCUUACAACUGGCGAAGAAGUCUCUUUGCCUUCCUUACCCUCCUGCCAUCCUGCCUUUGGACUGACUAUCUUUUGGCUUUUUAUAUUAAUCCGUGGAGCAAGACGGCUUUAAAGAAACGGAAGCUGACAAGCCCCGUUCAGCUGGACGACUUCGAGGCCUACUUCAAGGACAUGAGCAAGGACUCGGCCUACAAGUUCUCUCUGCAGUUUGAGGAGCUGAAGAGCAUCGGUCUGGACGUGUCCCACGACGCUGCAGACCUGCCGGUCAACAGGCCGAAGAACAGAUACACCAACAUCCUGCCCUAUGACUGCAGCAGAGUCAAGCUGAUAUCCAUGCACAACGACGAAGGAGCCGACUACAUCAACGCCAACUUCAUCCCCGGAUACAGACACUCCAAUGAGUACAUCGCCACCCAGGGCCCGCUCCCAGAGACCCGCAAUGACUUCUGGAAGAUGGUUCUGCAGCAGAAGUCGCCCAUCGUCGUCAUGCUGACGCAGUGCAACGAGCGCCGCAGGGUGAAAUGCGAUCAUUACUGGCCGUUCACAGACGAGCCGGUGAUGUACGGCGACAUCAGCGUGGAGAUGCUUUCUGAGGAAGGAGCUCCAGAGUGGAUCAUCAGGAAGUUUCGACUUGGAUAUGCGGACGAGAGUCUGGACGUCCUCCACCUGAACUACACUUCCUGGCCGGACCACGGCGUUCCCACCGUCAACGCCAUCGAGAGCAUCCUGCAGUUUGUGCACAUCGUCCGGCAGCAGGCCAACAGGACCAAAGAUCCCAUCAUCGUCCACUGCAGCGCUGGAGUGGGGCGGACCGGCACCUUCAUCGCCCUGGAUCGCCUCAUGCAGCACAUCCGAGAACACGAGUUCGUGGACAUCCUGGGCAUGGUGUCGGAGAUGAGAUCCCACCGAGUGUGCAUGGUCCAGACUGAGGAGCAGUACGUCUUCAUCCAUCAGUGCGUCCUCCUGAUGUGGCAGAAGAAGAAGCAGCAGUCCAUCACCUCUGACGUCAUCUACGAAAACGCCAGCAAGACAUAAUGAGACGCCUCCAGACGCGGUGAACUUGCCGACUGCGGCUGGGCUUCAGGCAUCCAUUCUCUGUAGAAGACGACCCGCUUCAUCAUCAGUAUCAGCAACACGACAGAGAAAACUUUGAUCCAGUCUUUUAUUUCCAUUGGUGUUCAGGCGUUUGAUGGAGUUCUGCCUUAAGGAGCUUUCACUGACUGACCUUUGCUGUUCGACUAAAAGCCGUUCCCAGCGAGCGGCGCUGCGGCUCCACGCCUCUGAGGCUCUGAGUCGGCACUUUUCCAUUUGAUGUAGUUUUUUGUUUUUAUCUCAGGAUUUGCUGGACACCAGCGAGCGCUCUGGCCUCUUCCUAUUGGUCAGAUCUAGUUUCUGCAUCCGUUGUUGUUGGCAGGGAGCAGCUUGUAGGACGUAGAUGAUGUUAGAUGAUGUUGAUUGUACACUGACUGCUGUUAGCAUGCAGAGACAGACCCAGCAAUCAACCAGAAGCAGCUUCAUUCAUAGGGUUAAAGCAGACCUCCAGCACAAAGAUCUGGAUCAGAACCCCCAACCAAACGCCUCUGAAGGGCUCAGCUCUCUACGUCUGGAUGUUUCCUGGACGACUGGCGCGUGCACUGAGACCUCCGAGCUGCUGAGCCAUGAGGGAAGAGUUCCUGCUGCUGGGAAGGACCGGCCUACGGACGCCUCGCUCCCUGGAGCCCCGGCCAGGACCGCAGGGACAAGCAUCAGACGGCGAGGCGUCUCAUCAGGACGACGGCAGCUGGACUUCAGGGAGGGGACGCGUCUGAAGAGCUGCAGAUGGUACAGGCUCCAGUUCCUCGUCUCAGCAACAGGCUCGGCUGCUGAAACACAGAAAAUACACAAAGCUGUCCGGAGAAGAGACGGCGCUGACGUGAACGAUGAACGGGAUGAAAACGUGUCUGUAGCCAGACUGAGAAACAUUCAUCACUCUGAAAACUCUGUUUCUACGUGUCUCAGACCUGCGAUCCUGCAGCUCUUUAGUCCCUGAACAGGAACCGUCCCGUUAUCGGCCACAUGGAGCAAAUCUUCUUCCUUUCUGCACCCUGUUUUCUGCUAAAUUUACUCCAAAAAUCAGUUUAACAUGUAAAACAGUCAAUCCACCAAUCAGCCGUUCACACUAUCAGAUGUUAGUUGAUGCGUCUGGAGGAAAUCAUCCCAAAUGUUAGUUUGCACUCAAUCUGGAACUCAAGGUUAAAGUAAAACUAACAGGAAAUUAUUUUUAAAACAUGUUUGCUUUUUACCACCAUAAACUCUCCAGAUGAAAACAUGGAGUUUGAUAAAAACUUUCUAAACAUUCCCAACUGGAAACGCCUUCAUGACGCUGCUGUCUACACCCUGAACACUAGAUGGCGGUAAAUCUCACUAAUCGCUUAAAUCUGGCUGCAAUUUUCACAAGAAUAUUAGUGUCUAUUAUAAUUUACAGCACUAAAGAAAGUAUUUUUAAACUCUGAAUAUGAAGAAUUAUUUUUGGAGUUGUGAUAAACGUGAGUGUUGGUGCCCCCUGGUGGCUGUUCUGCAAAGCUUCGUCGUUCAUAUCAGCUUCUCUUAAGUUUGUCACGCUUUCUAUUAAUUUUAUGACUUGAAGGUUAGAAUAAAAGCCGCCCUGCAUCUUUGCUCCAGGACUUUAGAGAAUGUCUGCUGAACCCAAAGUUUACUCUGCAUUCAGGAAGCUCACGGUGUCGUCAAGAUAAAAGCUCACUUUCUCUUAACAUUGGCUGUUUAUGAGCAUCAGGAACUACACUGGGUCAACUUUAUUUUUAUUUAUUUUUUACUACUUUCUUCUGGUAAAAAUGUAUAAACAAGAAAUUCUACUUUAUUAAAACUGCCAUUUCAAGUUCUUUAGGUGAUGCUUUCAGUUAAAACAUAAUUUUCUUGGUAUAAAUGGAAACAUAUGACAGUAUUAGCAAAAUAUUAAUAAUUAAAACAUUCAAUUUAAGGAACCAAAGUUUUUAAUUUCUACAUUUUGAAACUCCAGUAUAGAAACAUUAUGUGAGAUCCACAUUAUGGACCAAGUGAUGCCGUAUUUUCAGCUUUCUCUUGGUCUUUAUAGUUUCUCAGCAGUUUGGGUGUCAUAUUUUACUUCUGAAUAACUUUCUGCAUAUAAUAAAUGUUUUAAUUGGAAACGUCCGCUUUUUCUGCAGAACGUUGAAGCGUCUUAUUUUGGCGGAAACACAGAUUGAGUAUUUGAGGACACCGUGGGCUUUAGUGCUCAGCUUUUAGUGAAUGUGGGAGUAAAGAAAAGCACAGUUUUUGUUUAACAGCUUGGUGUUGUGGCCUUGUGGUUCCACAUGUGAAUCUUAAAAUGUUCCUCUGAGCUUCAGUAUUUGGGUUCAGUCGCCUCUCCGUCUACACACGGUUCCAUGUCACUGUUAGAUAUCAGAUGUACUGUACAUACUACUGCUGAUUAACUGCUCGUCAUUGCUGAGAACUUCUUGUGAAGCUGUUUCUUUAAGGUUUUUUCUAAGGUUGUAAAUGUAAAUCUUGAUUCUCAUCCAGAACCCGGAGCACUCGCUGUUCGAAGGACAAACUCUGGUACAAAAACUUGCACACAGUUCUCCGGGAACUCGGAUCUGGAGACUUUCACGGUUUUUUCUCUUGCUUACUGUGUCCAGUCAAAGUCGUACGUCAUUGGUGCCAUUUCUCUUGUGCUUUGUGUCACUUACAGUUUGACCUGGAACUGUCACAGAGUUUUAAUGUGUGUUGGAACAAAAUAAAAUGUUGCAGAUAU